UAAGUGGCGCUACAUACGACUUCGUCACUCGCGAUCUCAAGAAUAAUAUUCCCGAUCCGGCAUCAUAUUUGGAAUUAGAAAUGGCUUCAAACAUGAUGAGGGCUUUGCCUCGGAAGCUGGUAAGACAGAGUUGCAGCUUUCGUCACUUUUCAACAGUGAAGGGCCUGAAUGAUGUAGUUAUUGUAAGCUCAGUGAGGACUCCCAUUGGUUCAUUCAGGAGUUCACUAGCCUCCCUUCCAGCCCACAGAAUGGGUAGCAUGGUCAUUCAGGCAGCUGUCGAAAAAGCAGGCAUCACUCCUGAAGAUGUGAAUGAAGUCUACAUGGGCAAUGUCCUUCAGGCUGGUCAAGGUCAAGCACCAACAAGACAAGCAGCUCUAGGAGCAGGUCUACCUCUUGGCACACCCUGUACUACUGUCAACAAGGUCUGUGCAUCGGGAAUGAAGAGUAUUAUGAUGGCAGCACAAAGCCUUAUGUGUGGACAUCAGGAUGUAAUGGUAGCUGGUGGAAUGGAGAGUAUGUCUAAUGUUCCUCUUCUAAUGGCUCGAGGUGAUCCUGGAUAUGGAGGCGCCAAACUAGAGGAUGCUAUUGUAGGUGAUGGACUCACAGAUGCAUAUAACAAGUUUCACAUGGGUAACUGUGGAGAGGAUACCGCUAGAAAACUUGGAAUAUCAAGAGAAGAACAAGAUGACUUUGCUAUCAGCUCCUACCAAAAGAGCCAAGCAGCAGGAGCGAAUAAAGUAUUUGAAAAGGAGAUAGUCCCUGUUGGUGUCCCACAAAAAAGAGGAAAACCUGAUGUAGUUGUAUCAGAAGAUGAAGAAUAUAGCAAGGUCAACUUUGAUAAAGUCCGUAGUCUGAAGGCGGUCUUUGAGAAAGAUGGCACAGUAACAGCAGCGAAUGCCAGUACAUUAAAUGACGGGGCAGCAGCUAUGGUUCUAAUGACAGCUCAGGCAGCAGAGAAAUUAAAGGUCACACCACUGGCUAGGAUAGUAGGGUUUGCUGAUGCAGCGGUUGCUCCUAUUGAGUUUCCAAUUGCUCCAGCUCAUGCCAUGCCAAAGGUCUUAGAACAAACGGGUGUUAAGAAGGAGGACAUUGCAAUGUUUGAAAUCAACGAGGCCUUCAGUGUGGUUGUCCUUGCCAACGUCAAACUCCUUGACCUUGACCCUACAAAGGUCAACAUCAAUGGUGGCGCUGUCAGUAUUGGUCAUCCCAUCGGGAUGUCUGGGACAAGGAUCACAGGUCACAUGGUCCAUAACCUCAAACCAGGCGAAAAGGGAUUGGCCGGCAUUUGUAACGGAGGAGGCGGAGCUUCUGCAAUCAUCGUUGAAAGAUUAUAAUGCAUGUAUUUUUAUUUGCUUGGAGACGAAUUCUGUAUUCAUGAGUCAUGCCGACUUUGAGAGGAUUUGGUGGCAGUGGAAAUGGGGCCAGUGGAGAAAGUUGGACAAUUACUGUGCGAAGAAUGCAUAUUGCAUUCAUAUAUUGGACUAUUUUUUUUUCAAUUGUUAUUGGCUGUUAUCAUGUUUGAGCUGACAAUAUCAUUGGUGAGUGGGUGCAUUCAAAUUAAGAUAAAAAUAUUUGUUUUGCAUGUGUGGAAGUUGUGAAUGUGCAUUUAAGAUGGGUACUGUGAACUUGUAAGGACCCCUUUGUGCUGAUACUAUGUAUAAAAAGAUGCUUUUUAUUACUUGAUACUCCUAAAUUAACUUUUGCUCAGACCACAUUUGAAUGUUUUAAUUGAUUGGUCCCUAUGAGGACACAGGAAUAUUAUGUUCCUUUGUAAAUAUGAGAAUAACAUUAAAGGUCAAGUCCACCUCAGAAAAAUGUUGAUUUGAAUCAAUAGAGAAAAAUCAGACAAGCACAAUGCU